CAGAUACUGUUAUGUCUCAGAGAGCUAUGCGGUUCUCACCUACCUGAUCACCUACGAUAGUUGUGGUUUCUUCUGGGCGAGUCAGUGCACCGACCGACAUCCGGUGUACAGACAGGCAUACCGGAGUAGUCGCCGAUGCUGUGAUGGCUGGCAGGGUUCUACUUGUAAUAGUCCAAUCUGUAGCCCGAGAUGUCGCAACGGUGGUACGUGUAUCAGGCCUAAUGUCUGUAGUUGUCGACCAGGCUACACCCCACCUUAUUGUGACCGUAUAUAUGCAUGCGCCAGCAAUCCGUGUAGGCAUGGGACUUGUCGGGAGUACCAUACUCGCUACACCUGCUCGUGUUAUAACGGCUGGCAAGGGACUACGUGUAAUAUACGUGUAAGCUGUGGGUAUCCUGGAUCUAUUGCCAACGGCCAUGUGAGCGGCAGCUAUCAGUAUGGCGAUUAUGUGUACUUCAGCUGCAACACGCACUACGUUCUUGUGGGGCAAAGCAAUGCUUACUGCCAGUCAAAUGGAGUAUGGUCGGCAUCAAAACCACAAUGCCUCUUCGGCAACACGUGCCAUAGCAAUCCUUGUCAAAAUGGGGGGACAUGCAUUAAUGGCAUCGAGCAGCACGAGUGUGACUGCAUGGAAGGAUGGUCGGGAGAAAGAUGUGAAACAGACAUAUCACCACCGCUUAUCGACUUUUGUCCACCUGGCCAAAAUAUAACGGCAGUUGAGAACCGAGAAACUGUGACCUGGCAACCCCCGAUCUUUAGUGACUUCAGGAACGAGACAGUCAAUGUAAUAUCGAACUAUGCCAACAACGAAGAGAUAUUUCCAUGGGGGCAGUACGUUAUCCAGUACACCGCGACCAAGCCUUCCAACGGCCUGAGAUCUUCUUGCGAGUUUACAAUAAGAGUGUAUCCUCACCCCUGCCCUGCACUGCCUCCCCCGGUCCAUGGAGCCAUAGCUUGUAACGGCUGGAUCACGAGGCUGGGCCGUGUGUGUAAGGCCUUCUGUCAGCAGGGAUGGACUGUGCCGAGGGGACUGGAGGACAAGCUGCAUCAGCUGUACGUGUGUGGGGCCCAUGGAUCAUGGCUUCCUGCAGCUACAGUACCGUGUUCAGAUCGAAGUUCAGAAGUUGACGAGGUCGCGGGUGAUUCUGGAUACUUCCCUGGCAACUGCACCAGUAUUGAUGCUAUAAAUAGUAUCCAACUUCAGUACCUAGCAGAGUUAGAGAAUUCUUCAUUCUCCAAAAUCUGCACGUCUUGGCGUGACCUGUGUUUGGAAGAUAAUGUAGAUGUUAUUUGCAGUGAAAACUGACCAAAUUGUCAGAUGUUAUAUGUCGUACGGCAUAUCGAUGAUCAUAGAUUAAUUACCAUUCAACGAAAUUUGUAAGUUCUUCCGACGCACCCCCCCCUCCCCCCACACGCAAGGCUCAAAGUGCCCACUUUUUAUCCAAAGCCCCAUGAUUUUUUUUAAAGGUGGGCUUAUUUGUAUCACCGCCGGGGCUGGAAUCCAAGAAAAAAAUGCUCUUUGUCAUUGCUAUUCCACCUUGUCAUUGAAUGGAGAGUUAUCUCUGAUUUUUCAUUUGAGAUCGUCUAAAAACGCAGGAAAUACCAUUUGAGAAGGUUCAAUUUUCACAAUUUUCCGGGAAA